UUCCAGAUACAGAAUGGUGGGUCACUGAACUUCAGGUUCCAAACAGUCAAACGGAAUGGCCUGCUCAUGUAUUCCACAAGCAAUAUUUAUGGAAAAAACUUUAUUGGUAUAGAAAUCUAUGAUGGCAAGCUUUAUUUUAUCCACAACUUUGGAGGCCAGACAAAAAGGACUUUGUUUUCUGAAAGAGAAGUCUCCGAUGGGCGGCCACAUGAGGUGGACAUCAGAUUCUUAACCAGCCAAGUAGCUCUCAGUCUGGACAGGGAGGCUGUGAGGAUAAGAAUUGAUGCUAAUGAAGAACUGCCUCGCAGUCUCGGUUCCCUGAAUAUUGGUGGCUUUUCUGCAUAUGAAAAUUUACCCUGGCAUACGUGGGCACGUAAUGGAUACCAAGGCUGCAUAGAAGACCUCCAGAUUAAUGGCCGUGUGAUUGAUCUUCAUGGCUAUGUGCAGACACAGCAACCCUUUGGAGGAAUUGAGCGAAGAUGUCUAGCGUCAUCGCAGCAGUGCUCUCUCCUUUCUCCCUGUGUCCAUGGCUCUUGCUCUAACAAUUGGGAUGGUUACUAUUGCGACUGCAGAGCUACAGAUUACUCAGGAGAUCAGUGCCAGAACCAUGCUUGGACAGGUGUUUUCAACGGUGACACUAGAUACAAGAUGACCUUUCUGCCCCAGAGGAAGAACCAUGUAGAUGACAUCUCUUUCCGAUUUAAAACCAUGGUCAGAGAUGGGGUGUUGUUUCAGACUAAAGCUAGGACUGAUGGUGGCUUUAUCAGAGCCGAAUUGGAAGGUGGUCGCAUCAAGGUUACUACAAAUUUGGGCGGAGAACUACAGACAGUCUAUGUUGGAGAGAACUUGAAUGAUCUGCAGUGGCACACUGUUUACAUACAGCGCCGUGGUAACCAAAUGGUCGUCUGGGUGGAUGAUUCAACAAAUGAGCAGAAAAUUACUUUGCCUGGUGAUGGAUACUUCCUGUACAUAAAUGACAUUUUUGUUGCUGGAUACAGUAAAGAAGACAUUGAUUAUCCUCUGCCCUCAACCCAUUUCACUGGAUACAUCCGUAACUUUAACUUUGGGGGCUUCGACAUCUUCCAGCAAGGAGAUUCCAAUAAUAUGACUGGAAUUUUCUUUGUGGAGCCCAACAUUCCACCUCUGGUGUUCAACAGUGUGACAUUCCCAAGCAAUGAUGCCCACAUUCAGUUAUCUCCCCUUGGAUCAGCAUCCGGGCUGAAUAUCCACUUCCUGUUUAGAACCCAUGAUCCCAAUGGAGUCUUUUUAUUCAGUGAAGGGAGGAACAAGGAGCUCUUUGCUGUGGAGCUGAUUGAUGGCAGGAUUCAUAUGAAGCUUGAUAUUCCUGGAAAACCCCGCUUACACAUGGCUACCCCAGAAAAUAUCAGAUUUAAUGAUGGCCGCUGGCACUCUGUGUCACUUGUACACCAGAAGAUCAGUGGUCAGGAUCAGUUGAACAUGGCCGUGAAUGGCAUCCAUUCUUCGUACUCGUAUUCAGGAAUUGAUCAGUUGAACUUUCAAGGGCUUCUGUAUGUAGGUGGUCUUCCUGAGAUUAUAUUCCAAAAACAAUACAUCAAGGAUUUUCUGACCUCCAAAACUGGCUACCGAGGUUGUUUAGCUUCUGUGACAUUUGGCCGAGACACCCCAGAUCUGUACAAGGCUGGCCAGAUUAAUGGCAUCUUAAACAACUGCCAGGAUGUCCAGAUCCACUGCAGGAAGACUACAUGUAAGAAUGGAGGGAUCUGUCAUGACUUCCUCAACAAUGGGACCACCUGGUGUGACUGCUCCAGAACAGCCUUUGCAGGUCCAGCUUGUGAACAGGAGCCACUAGGCUACUACUUUCACAGAAUCGGAAAUCCUGAUAUUCAUGGCAUGAUGGUCUACCGGUACCCUCCACUGGAGAUGAAUGACACUGAAGUCGAUGAAAUCGUUCUCGGGGUGAUGACCGAACAGGAAAAUGCCGUUCUGGCUAAACUCAUCUCUGGAAUUCUAGACGAUUUUAUUGAAAUUAAACUAGUAAAUGGUUACCCGGUUGUUACGUACGAUACAAGUGGGCAGAAGUUGUCUACCAGCAUAACUAGUGACGUGUUUGUCAGUGAUGGAGGCUACCAUGUCAUCCGAUUUGUUAGGACAAAGGAUAAUGGAACACUAUAUGUUGAUAGUGGAGUCAACUUCAACACUCACCUUACUUCUCAUCAUGCCUUUGAUCGUUUGGGCAAGAUAUUCAUUGGAGGAGUGUACCAAGGAGGAAAGAUUGUUGGCGGGUCUGGCUUCCAUGGCAUUAUUGGUGGCUUGUAUGUGAACGGUCAUCUGAUUUUCCCAUAUGCUGCGGAAAAUGUGCGCACAGAGUUUAUCGGUGAUGUGAUAGUGGCCCCACAUCCCUUCAAGCUUGAACCGAUAACCUUUGUUCCUCCUUCUCCACCACCAACAGCUGUGAUACCUCCAAUAACUGGACGACCACCAACACCAGUUAUUCCUAUCAUCCCAGCUGACAUCGGUGGUGGUGGAAUUGCCUGGAUCGGCAAUGCAGGUGGCAUCUCUGGUGGUGGUGGUGGCGGCGCCGGCGGUGGCAGUGGCGGCGGUGGUGUUAGUGGUGUCAGUGUUUGGGUUUAUCCUGGAGGUGGCGGAGGCUCAUCUGGGAUCAUGCCUGGUAUCCUUCCUUCAGCUGGCGGGGGUCCAGUGGCAGCAGCACAAGUUGCAGUGAUUCCAUCGCUGCCGGCAACAGGUCCCAGAGCAGGUGCAGUCAUGGGGACUAUCCUGGGACUUGCUGCGCUGGCCAGCAGUCUUAUGUGGGCUUUCUAUAGGUGCAAGCCGGGCUGGUGCACCUGUCUGAAACCUCCUGUAGGGUCACCCCUCAACAUUGUACAUAGGGCAGGAACCAACAUCUCAGCUGUGACGGCAGCCGGUGGGGCAGGAGCUGGUGCUAGUGCAGUGACAGUGGUGAAUGGUGGUCAGGCUCAAGGUUUUGCUGCAGGGGGAGGAGGUGGUGCAGGAGGUGGUGGUGGUGGUGGAGGGGCUGGUGGUGGAAGCAGCAGCGCCUACUACUACUCUCAGCAAACAUCAUCAGGUGGGCACCAACGCAGCGACAGUUAUGAUUCAGCCACUUUACGAGCUACAGGAACAUUUUCAAAUAAAGGAACUGCUAUCGGCACUCCAAAAGCUGGAAGACAUCAGUUUGCUACAUCUUCAAGUGGUUUUGAGUCCAGCACCCUGGGAACAUCUGGUGCCCUUGGAUCAGCUGGUGCUGGCGGAGCUUCUACACAGGCAUAUCAGUUUGAGGGAGGAGUUACUCAUCCUGAUUAUGAUGUCGCAUCAGGCGUCCAUUCCAACUAUCAGAGCAAUACGUUAACAGCUGGAGGCGGCGGCUAUUCCACAUCCACUAUGUCAUCCAAUUAUAAUUAUUCUGUGAAGACAAUACAAACAGUUGGUGGGCAGCAGCAAGCACUUGGCUACGCUGCGGGCAGCACUUCCAAUGUUCUGGUGACCCCAGGCCCCAUGGGAGAGGAGAUCAGAGUAGACUGUUGUCUGAUGACCAAUGAUGGACGCAGCGUAGUGACGGGCUCUAGUCUAGGACCACCUCAAGUUUGGAAUAUGUCGAAUGGGGAACUGUUACGAAUAAUGCAAGGAGAGACAGUAGGUUCCACAAACCUUCAUUUAGUCUGUAAUGACCGUCUUUUGGUUGGUGCCAUCAAUGCAGACCUGGAGGUCAACCAGUACUCGGUGCCAAAGGGUGUUCACAAUUAUAUUUUCCAGACCUGGGAUUUUGCCUCCGGACUACCACUGGGCAUGUCAGAACUGGAAACCUGCUCUGCUCUUGCUGUGAUGAGUGAUAACGAGAAGGUUUUGUUUGGUCGAUCUGAUAAAUUUGGAGGCGGGUCCAACAUUGUUGUGUGGGACCUUCUGGGGAACCAGCCAAUCAAGGAGAUGAGAUAUGAUGCCCCUGUUGGCAACAAUGAUUACAUCAGUUACCUGAAUCUGUCACAGAAUGACCGGUAUGUGAUAGCUGGCUUUGUCAACACGUUUGACAACUUUGCUGAGUUUGUUGUAUUCGACAUGACCUUGACAUCAUACAACAUUUCUGAUCCGAACAUUCUCCGACUGGAUGCUAGCCCAGAAUGCACUGCGGUGCUGCCCCGAGACGAGGCUGUCACUGGACUGCGAAAUGGGGACCUGGUUGUUUGGAGCCUGCGAACUGGUCAACCCAACCGCCAGCUGCUGUCAAACACUGGCAAACAUGCCCACUCGCGUGAGGUCAAGGCUGUGGCAAGGUCAGAGGACAGCAGGUUCUUGGUUUCUGCAUCUGCUGAUGGAACUCUCAAGGUUUGGGACUUGGGGUCAGAGAGACACAUUUCUACCAUGUCUGGCCAUAAUGAUGAGGUCUGGUGUGCUACCAUUUCUUCUGACAAUGAAAUCGUUGUGUCUGGAUCUCGUGAUGGCACCAUUCGCCUGUGGCAGCUGAAAACUGGCAAAGAAAUCUGUGCCUUCAAUGCUGGAGUGGAUGUCUUCCACAUCACUAUGAGCCGUGAUAGAGGAACCAUUGUCGCCCUGGGAGAUAAGUUUGGAGCCAGGAAGCUGAUCAUGUUGCAAGUCAUUCGCUCCAAGGUCAAGCGUCAAGUUCUGGCAUAA